ACAAAAGUUGAGACCUGGUGAUUAUAUUGGUGGUUGUAGUACAGGGUAUGUAGAAGCAGGUUCUGGUUUAGUCUGUAUACUUUGGCCUGACAAACAAAAUGAGAGGAUGGACUUUUGGACUGACACCAUAUUUAGACCUUAGGGAAGUACAGAAUGUAACUGCCGGUCAACAGGAAUUACUUAAUUUUGUUUUUUAAGCUGGUGGAGUGCUGGCUUUAGUAAGAUAUUUCCUAAACUGGGAAGUCAUUUAUCAGUUAUGAAAUAAAUCUAUUUCCUGAUCAGCAGGAAAAAUUGCCUCUUUAUCAGUCAAAACUUAAUCAUAUAGUGAACUACUAUAGAGCCUUUGAUUUUAUCAACAUAUUAUGUGAAACAGUUUUUCUGCUAGAAUCUACUCUAGUCUUCCCUGAAAAAGAUCCAUAAACUUUAAAGAAUGAGAGUGGUGCACCUUAAAAUUUAGAACUGUUCUCUCCCUCACGCUCUCUCCAGGUUUCUGACUAACCUACUAAGAAGGCAAAAUGGAGGUUCAUUUUAAGUAAUUGUAGGAUACAGGAGUUUGACUUGUAGGCCCAGCCUUGAAACGGAGUGCUGUCUUUAUGGAGAUCUUUUUAUAGUUGCUUAUUAAUGCACUCAAAAUACCUGCUUGCAGUGAAGCUUCUUCGUCAUUGAAGAGGAUGUUCUAGGAAAGAUUUCUUGGCAGUCAAGGCCAUUUAUCAAAGGCACUCUGUUAAACGCUUAAAAAACUUCCAUGUGCUUCUUGUUUACCUGCAUGAUUCAACGAGGCUUUUCUGGAGCUUCAUGUAGGAUGUUCUCAGAGAUUGAAUUUGGGUGCUCUAUUAACAAAGAAGUUUUGGAAGAGUGGUAGGGACAAGGAGCCCGGUCUGGGGGGCCCAGUCAGGUAACUGGGAACGUACAGCUGGGAUGAGAGCUGUCCACAGCCCUCUCCUUACAGCAACUGCCCUUCUUGUUUCUUCCCUCUGGUCUUUUUAAUAUCACUCUGGGAUAGGAACCAUGAGUAAUUACUCUGCAUCGGUAAAUAUCUGUUUGAAAGGAAAGCCGGAUGACUUUUAAGUUGUAGCAGCCAUGGCUCAAAGUGAAAUCGCAGAGGAGGGAGGUGAUGGAAGCAGCCUGUAUAUACUUUCCCCAGCAGCCAUAAUAAUGCCUGGUGUGCGUCAGGUGCUUCUGGUCCUCCCCCAUUUAUGUACGUGAGUGUCAAGCAGACCUAUACGCUAAAUUCCCACGUAGGAAACACAUACUGUAAUGCAAGUAUUCACAAGUGUUACUGUGCACCUGUUGUGUGCCCGGGUUAUAGGUCUCUGCAGGCAGCGGGGCUGCUGCUGUCAGACUGGAGCAUGGCAGGCUGGUAGCUGUAGUUUCUCUGGGCUUUACCAAGGCACGAAGGGGAGGGCUCUUGCAGUUCAUUGCAUCAUGCAAACAGGGUGCCUGCCAUCAGCUUACGCUGAUUUGUCCUUCUUGGAGAAGGAGAGUAUAAAUACCAGUAGCGUGUAUAAGGCACAAUGCUUAGAUGUUAAACUGUUGGAUAAGCCUAGUAUUCUUCUCUGCCUCAUAACCUUGUGAGAAAAAAUAAGGCUUUAGUCAAAAGAGCCACACGUGGCAGUUCUCCUCUGAACAUCUGUCUCUGACGUUUCUGUUUAAAGCAAAGUGGAGACAAAAGCAGACAAAAAAAGGCAGUAGUAUGAAAAUGGAUGUUGCAGGAAGAGGGAGACAAAGCAAAAAGUCGUGUGGCCAAAAUGCUUGUUUUUAGCUGUGAACAGCCUAUGUGUAAGGAUAAAGCAGUGAGGUAUCAGUUUACUUAAGGGAUUACUUGAGGGGGAAUCGGUCAUCUGUGGGUUUCUAACCUAGACCAAAGGUUAUUUCCUUCUAGUUGUUAUUCAGUGUAAAAUUAGACAGCGUUUUCCUUGAGCUAAGCAUAUGCCUGGAUACUGGCACUUAACAAGGAGCCGUGCUGGCGUUGCAGCCUACAGGACCCCAGAAGUUGAAUAAGUUUGGUGGAACUAAGUUUAAGGCAUUUCCUUCCUGUUCAGGUCAGCUGGUGGCAGCUAACCUGAGGGUACCGAGGCAUUUUUGUAAAUAAAAUGUUUGCUGUAAUUCUAGGCCUGUCUUGACUCUUAGCAAGAAUGAUUCUAAAGGUGAACACUGUCCUAAGCCUUAGCAGAUCUCAGGUAAUCACCAGAGGUCCUCCUGCAAAACUUAGGAGAUGGUGGUCAUCAGAUGACAGCCCUUAGACAUGUCAGGAGCUGAGUUCCAAGGUCCCAGUUUUCCCCUGAAAUUACAGAUGCCUGACAGGAAACCUUGCCUGACACUUUCUGCUCUACUUUAGGCUCUGAUUGCCAUAUGCAAUGGACACUGAUCUCAGUUCCCAAGACAGGAAGGACCUGGACAAGUUCAUCAAAUUUUUUGCUUUAAAGACGGUACAAGUAAUUGUCCAGGCCCGACUUGGAGAGAAAAUCUGUACCCGAUCAUCAUCCUCCCCAACUGGCUCUGACUGGUUCAAUUUGGCAAUCAAGGAUAUACCAGAGGUUACUCAUGAAGCAAAGAAAGCCCUGGCAGGACAACUGCCUGCUGUUGGACGGUCUAUGUGCGUGGAGAUUUCUCUCAAAACCUCAGAGGGGGACUCCAUGGAGCUGGAAAUUUGGUGUCUAGAAAUGAAUGAAAAGUGUGACAAAGAAAUCAAAGUUUCAUACACCGUAUACAACAGGCUGUCUCUACUGCUGAAGUCUUUGCUUGCUAUAACCAGGGUAACUCCAGCCUACAGACUCUCAAGGAAACAAGGCCAUGAAUAUGUAAUAUUGUACAGGAUAUAUUUUGGUGAAGUCCAACUGAGUGGCUUGGGAGAAGGUUUCCAGACAGUCCGUGUUGGGACUGUGGGUACCCCAGUGGGCACCAUCACUUUGUCUUGUGCCUACAGAAUCAACCUCGCUUUCAUGUCAACCAGGCAGCUUGAGAGGACCCCUCCUAUCAUGGGGAUUAUCAUUGAUCACUUUGUGGACCGUCCUUAUCCCAGCUCUUCACCCAUGCAUCCCUGCAAUUACAGAGCUGGUGAGGACAAUGGUGCAGUAUACCCCUCAGUAGAAGAUUCCCAAGAAGUGUGUACCACAUCUUUUUCCACCUCUCCUCCAUCUCAGCUUUCCAGCUCUCGUCUUUCCUAUCAGCCUGCUGCCCUGGGAGUUGGAUCAGCUGACAUGGGGUUUCCUGUACUCUUUGCUGGUGGCUUGAAUGCUGCACACCCUCACCAGUUGAUUGGUCCAGGCAAAGAGGGGGGAGUUCCCCCAAUUCCUAGCCAGCCUGCACAUGGCACUCAAGCUGACCAAGAGAGGAUGUGCACCCCACUGGAUGGAGUCCACUACUCAGCAGCUACUCCUUCUAGUAGCGAGGACACAGAAACAGUAUCAAACAGCAGUGAAGGGAAGUGUGGCUCCCCACAUGACCUUUUGGAGACCAUCUUUAUCCGGAAGGUGGGAGCUUUUGUCAACAAACCCAUUAACCAGGUGACCAUGGCCAACUUAGACAUUCCUUUUGCCAUGUUUGCUCCCAAGAAUGUUGAGCUGGAAGAUAACGACCCCAUGGUCAAUCCUCCUGACUCCCCAGAAACUGAAUCUCCUCUACAAGGCAGCUUACACUCAGAGGGCUCCAGUGGCAGCAGCACAGGGAACACCCACGACGACUUUGUUAUGAUUGACUUUAAACCAGCAUUUUCAAAAGAUGACAUUCUUCCAAUGGACCUGGGGACAUUCUACCGUGAGUUUCAGAACCCCCCUCAACUCAGCAGCCUCUCCAUUGACAUUGGAGCGCAGUCCAUGGCGGAAGAUUUGGAUUCGUUACCAGAGAAGCUGGCAGUCCACGAGAAAAAUGUCAAAGAGUUUGAUGCCUUUGUAGAAACCUUGCAGUGAAGCUGUUUUCCAGUUUUGCUGCAGCAGUUCUUCCUCCUCAAGGCACCCUGGAGAAUGAGGUCAACAAAUACCUGUAUCGCCCCUGCUCUGCCUGUUGUCUCACUUUGACUAGUUCCUUCCAUCAAGUGAGCUUUCUUUGAUUGCUCUCUUCAAUAGCAGAUACAUACAGCUCAUCUGCUGAUUUUCCUCAACUACACCACCGCAUAGUUCUGGACCGCUUUUCCUGCUCACAGUUGGUUUUGAAUUUAAGACUUCAGUAGGGACACAGGAAGUCAAACUCCAAUGUAUGAAACUUAAUUUCUCCUCAGUCUCUGUUCUGUGUGGAGGGGCUUUGUGAAAUGUUGCCAUAUGCUUCCUCCAAAGGUCCUGUGGUAUAAGUUCCCUAGGUAUAGCUUCUUGCUAACAGACUUUUUCCUACAGUCUCCGAUCCUGUUAAAGCAUAGAAAGCUUUGGCUCAUUUCCAGGGUCUGUGAGUUCAGCAGAUUCAACAGUUUUAAGUCCAGGACAUCCAUUCUGCAGAACGGGGCGUUUCAUCCUGACUUCAGUGUGAGUGCCUGGAGCCCAGGGAGAGACAUCAGCUUUGGGACCUGUGUAAUACAAAUUACCUUUGUUUUCCUGCUUCUAAGGAACUGGGUCUCUACACAGUCAUUUUGUGUGAGGCCUUCUAUUAUGCUGGCUGAUAAGCAGGAAUGAAACUACAGAAGCGCUUUCCACAUUUCCUUCCUGAGUGUACUGACACUCGGCCAUGCUGAGUUUACCAGUGUUGACUGUUGGCAAGCCUGCACGUAGCAGCUGUGAUGAUGCUGAAUUCAUAGUCUCUGCUUCUGAAAUGUAACUGUAAAUACUAGGAAUCCUAUUUCUUUAGGGUUAUGUAACUAGGAGUCUUAGUCCAAGAUUCUUUCCUCUAACCCUUGCAAACCUUCCUGCUUUAUGGUUAAUAGAUGAUCUUAAGAAUCAAGAAAUAUUUAUUGCUUUUAAAGAAACCUA